UUCACUACCUGGGGUUCCUUCACUGGCUCACUGUAAAGUUCUCGUACUCAGAGUCUACGGUGUUUUUUCUGGGGCUGCAGGGCGUUCGUAUGCAUUUAAUGGUACAAGAUUGGGGGAUAAGUGAAACGACGUCAGGUGCAGUUUCUUACACGAAAUGUUUAUUCUACGCCUUAUCUUUACAUAUAUUUUAUCUGGGUUAAUGAUUUGAAUGAUUGAUGAUUAAAUAGAUUCAAUACUAUGCAUAGUUAGAUUUGAAUUCGGGCCAAUGAUUGGAAUGAAUCAUUAUUAUUAUUAUUACAAUUUCUGCUCACCGAAAUGAGGAGUGUUAAAGGAAAGUUAAGCUUCUCAAUCGCACAAGUUUCUUUUCAGGCAACACAAUCAGCAAUGUGACAUGUUGGACCAGCGUGAAUCUCCUUUUGUGUUACUUUUUUUUAAUCACCUGUUAAACUUAAUUUAAAUUAAUGGCAGUGUUGAUGGAGUAGAUUGAACAUCGAUUCAAUAUUUCAAUAGGCUGUUCAAGGUCAAAGUCAGUAAUUUUUUUCAAUUAGACAAUCCUUGUUUAACAGUCAUCAGGCAUCCACCUAUAAUCUCAACAUCGUACCUUUUCAAAAUCCGCAGAAUGUUGUGAUUUCGGACAGUGUCACAUCGCAUCAGGUAGCAUGUCCCUGGUGUCAACUGCCUGUAUGUCAGCCAAAUGCUCAUAAUCCUGUUUGCUGCCUGGUGUGGAUUUAGCAUUUAAGUGUGGUAUAGUGAGUUUAACGGUAACCGGUUUUACUUAACCUACCCCAAGCUUUCGGUGUCUUCCUGAAUCUCUCUCUGUCUAUGUCUCUGUCUCAGUCUCUGUCUCUCUCUCUGUCUCUCUCCCAUAUAUGGGUGGCUAUAAUUUGGGAUUAUUGGAGUUGAUGAUAUAAUUGUCACACAUGGUGGUUUAAUAAGCUCAUACUUUUCUCUGCAUGAAAGAGGUGUUAUGUAAAGUAGCCUUAUUAAAAAUGGUCGGGAAUUAGGAAAAGCAGAGCUAAAGAGGUGUGAAGGCGAAAUGGUAAGUAUAGAGAAUGAUAAAAAUACUUAACCGACUAUGAAUAGUAAUGCCAUUGCUAUAUAGAUAGAUAGAUAGAUAUAUAUCUCUCAGCACUCAUUAAACAACAUCUACCGACUGCAUUCAAAUAGUCUCUUGGCGUGUUUUCAAAUGGCGCCAAACAACUCUGCGUCGUUACAAUGCGUCAGUGUAUUUGGUAUCUUGCUGGUUGGUCGCAGAGGGUAAUUCCCUGUUGAAUUAUAUCACCGUCGCCCGACUAUUUUUUAUCAUGGCAUUAAACUUUGUUUGGGUUGAAUAAGGGUUGGCAUUUGCAUUCCGGUAUUCCCCUUACCACACACUGUGGUUCUGCCUUCAGCAAACUUGCUUUCCCACCUCCGAUGUCUCUGUGCACAAAUCCUCCUAUGCAGGAUCCUUGGCUUCUCUUAAAGGGACAGUCGACCCAAACUCGUAUUUUUUGGUCUUUUUUUUUGUAACUGUUUAUAUCUCUUGUAUGAACAUCAACAUGGGAAACCAUUAUUCAUUAUUAUAAGUCAAAAACUGCAGCAAGUCCUAUGUGUUUGCCAGUCUCUGCCCUCUAGUUAUAAACCUUCCUUUCGGCGUUCGUUUUGUGACUUACUUAAGUAUAUACUCCUACGUCACGACGAAGGGACACCGGCGGUGAGCUUUACGUGCAUCUCCGUCUGGGAAAGGCUUCGUUUGAUAUCCGUGUUCAAAGAGGGUUAAACCUCUUGGAUACGGUGUGUGUGACUCAGCUCAUAUGCAUCAUCGCUCACAAUAUCAAUACUCAACGACAGCGUUAAGUAUCUCAAAGUAGGCGUGGGUCGUAACCAUGGUAUUAACACCCCCCCACCCUCCUUUUUUAUUUGUUCGAAUUUGUGCUGAAAAGGGGAGUUUACCCUUUCCUGUUAGCCCUAACUAUUAUUGUGUUUUCAGUGUUCUCUUUUGUCCCUUUCGUAUUCUCUUCCCCUAAUCUCAUCUAUUCUCGAUCUCGCUCUCCUAUAUCCAUAUAAAGGAGAGAUAGAUACUUGAUGAUUUAGAAACCUCACAGAUUAACAUGGGAUUACACGCGGACCGGUUUAAAUGGUUACGUAAACUCCAGCCACAGAAUAAUUUGCUUGGAUUAGAUUUAUCUUCUGUAUGUGUGUAUGUGUGUGAAGAGAGGGAGAAAAAGGGGGAGUUUGUGUGAGAGAAAGCAUGUUUUGGAGAUAAGGGUAUGACAUAUUGUGGGCGGGGAAUCGAAGGGUUGGGACCCAAUCACGUUAAUCUGGACGAGCUCUCCGCUGAAAUACACCAGACACCUAAACCAAACGGAGAUACCCGAACAGAGUAGGAGAUCGCGGGGAGAAGAUGCAGUUCAUCAAUCAGAAGUAAGAAGAUUAAGUCACAUGGAGAACCACACGCCAACGGAAGGAACCAAAGGAGGUCAGGAGACCUAGUCGGUACCGAGAUGGCCGAAACAUCUCCCAGCAACGCUUUCUUGUUUUAGAUGGGGUCAGGAUCGUCACACUUCCCGCGAGGUCAAGGAUAACCGAGACACCUCACCGAGUCACCAUGUGAGAAGAUGCCUUUGGGUGUGUUGCCCCAUCAGAGAUCAGUCUCCUGACUUGUGUCUCGCGGUGUUUCCAUAACAAGUUUGGAGUCGUACCAUAGGGCUUUUUUUUUUUGUUUAUCUGCUUCUGCUGGCAUAUCACAGCCGAGGACAAAGUAGGAUUUCUCCACCUGCACAGACCAGCUGUCUACAACAUCAAACUGGACACAACCUCAACCAAAUCUAAAGGAUAUCUUGCAUGUGGACUCCUGUUCUUACUCCUACAUUAGAACCAGCAGCCAACAUCCUCACCCUGCAUUCAAACCAGGAGAACAGGAGCCAGAAUCGACGCCUUCUCUCGUUCUCACUCCGGACGGAUUAGAGUAUUUAUCCCUUUUGGCUGAUGCCCGAUCUCCAUCAGCGACCAUGAUGUUCUGCACCACCUUCCUCUCCACGCCGGCAGACGAGCUGGUGUGCGAGGGUGGAGUCGAGAGGGCUAAGGGUGGGGGGAGGUCGUCCCCGACGGGGAUGGUACCCGGGCAGGCCCUGGGGCCGGGGGGCUGCCUCUCCACCUUGCGUUGCCUUGUCCUCCCCCAAGAGGAGCUCUGCCAGUCUCUCGCCUAUUGCCACGGCGACGGUCCCCGUGGCAACAGCGUGUUAGGGAAGAGGAUGCUGCUGGAGGUCAACAGGGCCACUUCCUUCGGCGGGGGGGACGACAGAGGGGGGGGCGGAUGUGGCGCCAGGAAACAACGGAGUCGCUCGGUCUCGCCGGCGAUGGGUCGACGGCCGGUGAGCCCCGCGAGAGAUUGGUUUAAAGGGAUGGUGGCCAGAGGUCCGGCGUUGCCGAUGGCGACCGUGGACAUCAAGAACCCCGAGAUCCACAACGCCCCAGGGGGCGGGCACCGUUACCAUAACAACUCCCAGGUGAACAACAUCGUGCUCUCCUCCUUCCCCAAGAAGGAGAAGAAGGUGAAGGGCGGGAAGAAGAAGAGGCUGACCAAGGCGGACAUCGGCACGCCCAGCAACUUCCAGCACAUUGGACACGUGGGCUGGGAUCCCAACACAGGCUUUGAUCUGAACAACCUGGACCCCGAGCUCAAGCACCUGUUCGACAUGUGCGGUAUCUCGGAGGCCCAGCUGAAGGACAAAGAGACGUCCAAGGUCAUCUACGAGUUCAUCGAGAAGAAGGGCGGCGUGGAGGCGGUGAAGAACGAGCUCAGGAGACAAGCCCCCCCUCCCCCUCCCUCGAGAGGCGGCCCCCCUCCACCCCCGCCCCCCCACCACGGCUCGGCCCCUCCCCCUCCCCCCCCGGCCCGCGGACGCGGCGCUCCCCCACCCCCUCCCCCGUCCCGGGCGCCCACCUCGGCUCCGCCUCCCCCGCCCCCCUCCCGCGGCGGGCCCCCUCCCCCACCUCCCCCACCCAGCCGCGUGUCCCUCCCGCCUCCCCCGCCACCCUCCCACGCCUGCAUGCCGCCGGCUCCCCCCCCUCCCCCUCCCAUCUCCUCCUCCGCCGGCGGUGGGGGCGGAGCCCCGGCCCCUCCUCCCCCGCCGCCGCCUCCGCCCGGCCCCCCUCCCCCGGCUCCUCCCCCCAUGUCGGAGAGCGUGGAUAGCGUGGACGGCGAGGGCGGGGGUAAGUCGGCCCUGCUCAACCAGAUCCGCGAGGGCCGGCAGCUCAAGAAGGUGGACAGCCAGAAGGAGCGGCCGGUGUCGUCCAACACGGGGCGCGACUCGCUGCUGGAACAGAUCCGCCAGGGCAUCCAGCUCAAGGCCAAGGUGGAGGGCGAAGGGCCAGCCCCCAACGCCGCCGCCCCCUCUGCGGGCAUCGUAGGGGCCUUGAUGGAGGUGAUGCAGAAGAGAAGCAAGGCCAUCCACUCCUCAGAUGAGGACGAUGAUGAUGACGAAGAUGAGGACUUUGAGGACGAUGACGAAUGGGAAGACUAGUGCUCCUUAUCCCCCCCACCCCUUCCCAGAUGAUUAUUACAACACUAAUAACAGGAAAAGAAAAAUCUUUCACAUUCGGAUUAUAAAUGUAAAUGUUCCAAUGAUUUGCUGUAUAUUUUUGUUGCCUUUAAGCUUUUUUUUUUUAUUAUUAAUCCGUGCAAUAUGCUGUUUAAUCUGUAAAUAUGUCUAUCUGGUAUCCUAAUGUAACAACCUUUUUUCUUCUUUUUCUAUUCUCGUCUUUUCUUACUCUCUUUCCUGAUUUAUUUUGUUGCCUUCCUCUUCCUGGUGAUGGAUACUGACGGGUAUUGUCCUCUGCCCCCACCCUUACUCUAUCAUGCUUUUGCUAAAUCCUCCCUUCAUUCCCCCGAUUGACGCGUGCAAUCAUGACAUCAUAGGGUCUCUCGAGCUAGAGUUUAUUUUUCUUGUUUAGAUAAGCAAUUUAAUGGUGGGGUUAGUAAAGAAUCAAUUGUUGUUAAUCAGGGGGGGGGGGAAAUGAUAUUCAACAAGGCUAUUUUCAUAUCCAAUUGCUCUGUAGUUUAUUUUUACUUAUUCGAAAAAUGAUCCUAGUUUAGCGCUCUUAUUUUCUUAAAACACAGGAAGAAGGAAAAAAAAAUGUCUCUUCUUCACCUAAAUAUUUAGCUUUAUCCGUUUAUCAAUUGUAAAUUUUGCUCCAGAGUUCUGAGUCUUGUUAUAUUUUUGCACAAAUGGAAAGAGGAAGACUCUGCAUGACUAUGGGAUAGUUCCUUGUCCAUAUCUCAGCGGAUCGUACCUACACUUUACUAUCAAGGUAAACCACACCUCAUCAAGCAUUUAACCAAUACACAUCCAACUAUGCAUUAACACGUAUACACAAGGUGUGCCGCAACAUAACCGGUGGCUGUCUGUGAAUUUUAUGGGAUUGUACUUUUUCUUUUGUCACACACUACAGAUACACUUUUCUUUUCUAAACUAGUUUUUUCUUUUCCCCUUCAGUUUAAAGUAUUUUUUGGUUUUAAUCUAGAGGUUCAGUACAUUGUGAAAAACUAAAAGAAAUAAAUACAUUUUAAUUUAAGAGAUACGAUAUUUUUGCUUAAGAAUUGAGCUACAUGCUAACGGUUUAUGACUAGAAACGAAAGUAUCAGUGAUCUUGUUGAACGCUUGUACUUAAACCAUAGUAAGUAUACAAACAUCGUAAAGAUACCUAGCUUACAUGCAUACUUUCUGGGGUUUCAAGUGUAUCAUGCAAAGUGGACAGAAUACGACAAAAAAAAACUAGAGACUGCUUCAAAUCCCUAAAACUUUUUUGAAGGAACUAUUACAGCUCCUUUAUUUUUCUAUGAUUCCGCUGUCGAGACUUUAUCAGGGUUUGUUAUGAACUGUCUUGAUAAAACUUAAUGUAACCAUACUGUGUCAUAAUUCAACAUUUUAUAUCAUCAUGGCUACGGUGUUCAGCGAUGAACGCACAGUUUCUCACUGUCAUUAUUUUCUUUAUUUUUUUUGACGUUUCUUUGUUUUCGGCCCAACGACUAGCUCUGUAAUUAGUCCCAAGUGAUUUAUUGAUUUUCCAUUCUUCCAUUUUCUGCGCUGUUGGCACCAAUAUAUUUUCAAAAAAUUAAAAUAUACAAAAAAAUUAA